AUGUUGGAAUUUCAAAAAAGGGGAUUCGGCACUCAGCAAUUGCUGCUUUCGCUUCUGUUCCUCGCACUCUGGGAGGCUGGGAGCGGCCAGGUCCACUACUCGGUCCCCGAGGAGGCCAAACACGGCACCUUCGUGGGCCGCAUCGCGCAGGACCUGGGGCUGGAGCUGAUGGAGCUGGUGCCCCGCCUGUUCCGCGUGGCGUCCAAAGGCCGCGGGGACCUGCUGGAGGUGAAUCUGCAGAAUGGCAUUUUGUUUGUGAAUUCUCGGAUCGACCGCGAGGAGCUGUGCGGGCGGAGCGCGGAGUGCAGCCUGCACCUGGAGGUGGUGGUGGAGCGGCCGCUGCAGGUUUUCCAUGUGGAGGUGGAGGUGAAGGACAUUAACGACAACCCUCCCGUGUUCUCGCUGAAAGAACAAAAGCUGCUGAUUUCUGAGUCUAAGCAACCUGACUCGCGGUUUCCUCUAGAGGGCGCUUCUGAUGCGGAUAUAGGAGAGAAUGCCCGAUUGACUUACAGCCUAAGUCAAAAUGAGUUUUUUUCUUUAGAAUUACCAACAAAUAGUAAGCAGACUAAUAGACUGUCACUUGCAUUAAAGAAAUCUCUAGAUAGGGAGAAAACUCCCGAAAUUGGUUUACUACUGACGGCUGUAGAUGGGGGGAAACCGGAGCUAACUGGCAGGGUUCAGCUUUACGUCCAGGUCUUGGAUACAAAUGACAAUGAUCCGGAAUUUGAACAAUCAGAAUACAAGGUGAGCUUAAUGGAAAACGCAGCCAGUGAAACGUUUGUGAUAAAGCUGAACGCUACAGAUCGAGAUGAAGGAAUCAAUGGGGAGGUAACAUACUUCCUGCUGUCGGUUAAGCCCAGUGGAAAACCCUUAUUUACAAUAGAUGAAAAAAAUGGAGAGGUGAGGGUCAAUGGAACUUUAGAUUAUGAAAAAACCAAACUCUAUGAAAUUGAAGUGCAAGCCACAGAUAAGGGAAGUCCUCCAAUGGUAGGUCAUUGUACAGUCUGGGUAGAAGUCUUAGAUGCCAAUGACAAUGCCCCGGAGGUCACCGUGACCUCCCUGUCUCUUCCGGUCCCAGAGGACACUCAGCCUGGCACCGUCAUUGCGUUGAUUAGUGUAUCUGACCGCGACUCUGGUGUCAAUGGACAAGUUAUAUGUUAUUUAACUCCCAAAGUCCCCUUCAAAAUCAUGUCCACAUUCAAGAAUUACUAUUCACUGGUGCUGGACAGCGCCCUGGACCGCGAGAGCGUGGCAAAUUAUGAGCUAGUGGUGACUGCGCAGGACCUGGGCUCGCCUUCGCUGUCGGCCACAGCCAGCGUGUCCGUGGAAGUAGCCGACGUGAACGACAACGCGCCCACGUUCGCGCAGCCCGAGUACACGGUGUUCGUCAAGGAGAACAACCCACCCGGCUGCCACAUCUUCACGGUGUCCGCGCGGGACUUGGAUGCGCAGGAGAACGCGCUGGUGUCCUACUCGCUGGUGGAGAGGCGGGUGGGCGAGCGUGCACUGUCGAGCUACGUGUCCGUGCACGCGGAGAGCGGCAAGGUGUUCGCGCUGCAGCCUCUGGACCACGAGGAGCUGGAGCUGCUGCAGUUGCAGGUGAGCGCGCGCGACGCGGGCGUGCCGCCUCUGGGCAGCAACGUGACACUGCAGGUGUUCGUGCUGGACGAGAACGACAACGCGCCCGCGCUGCUGCCUCCCGGGGCGGGCAUCGGUGGCGGCGGGGGCGGCGCUGUGAGCCAGCUGGUGUCUCGGUCUGUGGGCGCGGGCCACGUGGUGGCGAAGGUGCGCGCGGUGGACGCGGACUCUGGCUACAACGCGUGGCUGUCUUAUGAGCUGCAGGCGGCGGCGGGUGGUGCGCGCAGCCCAUUCCGCGUGGGGCUGUACACGGGCGAGAUCAGCACGACGCGUGUCCUGGACGAGGCUGACGAACCUCGCCAGCGCCUGUUGGUGCUGGUGAAGGACCACGGGGAGCCUGCGCAGGUGGCCACGGCCACUGUGCUGCUGUCUCUGGUGGACAAUGGCCAGGCUUCGAAGACCUCAUUGCGGAUGUCAAAGGAGGCCACGGACCCAAAGCUGGCACUGGUGGACGUGAACGUGUACCUGAUCGUCGCCAUCUGCGCAGUGUCCAGCCUGUUGGUGCUGACGCUGCUGCUGUACACCGCGCUGCGGUGCUCGGCCCCGCCCAGCGAGGGCGCGUGCGCGCAGGGGAAGCGGGUGCUGGUGUGCUCGAGCGCAGUGGGGAGCUGGUCCUACUCGCAGCAGAGGAGGCAGAGGGUGUGCUCUGGGGAGGGGCCGCCCAAGACGGACCUCAUGGCCUUCAGCCCCAGCCUACCUCCGGGUCUGGACAGAGAAGAUGGAGGCGAAAGGCAGGAGGCAGGAUCAAGUUAUCUUGGGCAGGUGAGUUCUAUAGAUUCUCUCUAUGUUGAAGUCUAA